UAGCUCCAACCCACCCACUCGUUCCCAUUUAACCCAGCCCGCAGCCUCUCCAUUACUCCUCGGCUCGUCCCCCCCCCACCCCCCCACUCCGCCCUAACCGGCCCCCCCGCGCUCCCUCCCGCCUCCCCGCCCGCCCCACUUCUCAUUCACUUGGCUCACACGGCGCAGACGGCGCAGGGAGCACACACCGCCAGUCUGUGCGCAGAGCCGGAGCCCGAGGCCGCGGGUCCACCAUGCACGCCCCCAACUGAAGCCGCACCUCAGAGCCGCAGCUCCCGGCAGCCCAGCGGAUUUCAAGGAGCUCAGACUCCGAGGAACCCCUGCGAAGACACCCCCGAAACCCUCUCCAGAACAGUCCUCACCCGACGCUCUGCCGCUGCAGACAGGAGCGCACAGUGGCCCCGGCUCGCCGCGCAAUGGAGCGGAUCCCCAGUGCGCAACCGCCCCCCGCUUGCCUGCCCAAAGCGCCAGGACUGGAGCCCGGAGACCUACCAGGAAUGGAUUUUGCCCACAUGUACCAAGUGUACAAGUCGCGGCGGGGAAUAAAGCGGAGCGAGGAUAGCAAGGAGACCUACAAACUGCCGCACCGGCUCAUCGAGAAAAAGAGACGUGACCGGAUUAACGAGUGCAUCGCCCAGCUGAAGGAUCUCCUCCCCGAACAUCUCAAACUUACAACUUUGGGUCACUUGGAAAAAGCAGUGGUUCUUGAACUUACCUUGAAGCAUGUGAAAGCACUAACAAACCUAAUUGAUCAACAACAGCAGAAAAUCAUUGCCCUGCAGAGCGGUUUGCAAGCUGGUGAUCUGUCGGGGAGAAAUGUUGAAGCAGGUCAAGAGAUGUUCUGCUCAGGUUUCCAGACAUGUGCCCGGGAGGUGCUUCAGUACCUGGCCAAGCAUGAGAACACCCGGGACCUGAAAUCUUCCCAGCUCGUCACCCACCUCCACCGUGUGGUCUCCGAGCUCCUGCAGGGUGGUACCGCCAGGAAGCCGUCAGACCCAGCUGCCAAAGCAAUGGACUUCAAGGAGAAACCCAGCUCCCUGGCCAAAGGCUCUGAAGGCCCAGGGAAAAACUGUGUGCCAGUCAUCCAGCGGACUUUCGCUCACUCGAGCGGCGAGCAGAGUGGCAGUGACACGGACACAGACAGCGGCUACGGAGGAGAAUCGGAGAAGACUGAGCUGCGUGUCGAGCAGCCGUACUUCAAAAGUGAUCACGGACGCAGGUUCACCAUGGGAGAAAGGAUCGGUGCUAUUAAGCAAGAAUCCGAAGAACCCCCCAUGAAAAAGAGCAGAAUGCAACUCUCAGAUGAUGAAGGCCAUUUCACUAGCAGUGACCUGAUCAGCUCCCCGUUCCUGGGCCCACACCCGCACCAGCCUCCCUUUUGCCUGCCCUUCUAUCUGAUCCCACCGUCAGCGACUGCCUACUUGCCCAUGCUGGAGAAAUGCUGGUAUCCCACCUCUGUCCCAGUGUUAUACCCAGGCCUCAACGCCUCUGCCGCAGCUCUCACCAGCUUCAUGAACCCAGACAAGAUCUCAGCCCCCUUGCUCAUGCCCCAGAGACUCCCUUCUCCCUUGCCAGCCCAUCCGGCCAUCGACUCUUCCGCCCUGCUCCAAGCUCUGAAGCAGAUCCCCCCUUUAAACUUAGAAACCAAAGACUAAACUAUUUAGGGGAUCCUGCUGCUUCGCUUUCCUUCCUCCCUACUUCCAAAAAAAAAAAAAAAAAAACGUGUUUGUGAGUGUAGCAGGAUUGUUCCAGUGUGUAUGCCAAGUUCAUCUGAGUCAGGGAGAGAAGAUUCAGGGGUGUGUGAGCGUGCGCGCACGCGCAUGUGCAUUGUGUGUUGGUAUGGGACAUUGAAUUUCCUUUUGGUGUAGGGAAGACGUGAAGGAUUGCCUGACAUCAGGAGAUUUAGGGGGAACGGUCGCAGACCUCUGGGCUUUUCCCCUCCCAGAGAAUAGCCCCCUCUGAUACAGAUCAGCUGGAUUUUCAAAAGCUUCAAAGUCUUGGUCUGUGAGUCAGUCUUCACUUUGGGAGCCGGGUCUGUGGCUUUGCGCAAAAGGUACUUUCAAAAGAGGGCUUUCCAGAGUGCAGUUCCCAGCCAGCUCUUAUGACCCCACCCUGCUCCCUUUUAUUGUCUCCGUGACUCACCACACGGGGAGAGGGCAGCCAGACUGAGCUUUCUGCAAAGUGGUGAGGUAGCAGACACUGGCAUAGCACGGUAGUGGUUUGGGGAGAUUUCCGCAGGUCUGCUCUCCACCCCUGCCUCGGGUGAGUAAAGAGAAUGUAGUUCCCUACUCAGGCUUUCGAAGUGAUUCGCUUACUAACAAACUGAAAAGGGCCCCCUGGUACAAGCCCAGCUGCCAGGGGAGGAGGGAGGAGGGAGGGGUCCCCCGGGCCUCUGGCACCUGUUUCUAGUCUCACCUAGAAACAGUUUCUCUGUCCAGGGAACCAAACCAGGCUCUGAGAGAUGCAGGCGCCUAAGUUCCAAGCACCCCAGAGUACGUAAAAGCUGAGUAACAAAUUGCAGUUUCAACAAGCAAAGCCAGACUUGGCUCUCAGCUCUAUCCUAAAACUCCUUUUAACCAAGCUUAGCUUCUUAAAGGCCUAACCAACCCUUGGCAAAGCAGCAUCCUUUCUGCAGGCUAAUUCCCCUCGCCCGACGGCGUAUGGAGUGUCCUUAUUGCUAAAAAGGAUUCUGUCUUCUUCAAAGAAGUUUUAUUUUUGGUCCAGAGUACUUUUCUGACUUGUCCAGCUCACCCUGCACCAGCUUUUUGAAAUGCACUAUGCUUGAUCACUGAUCGUGUUUUAACUUUUUCCUUUCCUGUUUUUAUUUUGGUAUUAAAGUCGUUGCCUUUAUUUGUAAAACUGUUAUAAAUAUAUAUUAUAUAAAUAUAUUAAAAAGGAAAAUGUUUCAGAUGUUUAUUUGUAUAAUUACUUGAUCUACAAAAGUGAGAAAAAAUGAAUGUAUUCCUGUUUUUGAAGAGAAUAAUUUUUUUUUCUCUAGGGAGAGGUACAGUGUCUAUAUUUUGGAGCCUUCCUGAAGGUGGGAAAUUGUAAAUAUUUUUAUCUAUGAGUCAAUGUUAAGUAGUUGUUUUAAAAUACUUAAUAAAAUAAUUCUUUUCCUGUGGAAGAGAAA